AUGUCUGCAGCCACCAGUGACCAGCUGCACAGAUCAACUUUAUCUGUCUAUUUGAACCUGAUGGAGCACUUCAAUCCAGGCCUCCAGAAGCUUGUUGCUUUAGGAAACAGCUAUGUAAAAGCUUUUCAAGCUCUAGCUGUUUGUAGUGAAGCCUACUUCAGCGCUGUGGCUAAGAUGGGCGACCAGGCCCUUCACACGCUUUCAUCUCGCUCUCUUGGGGAUGUCCUGAUACAGAUAUCGGAAACACAGAGGAGACUCACCGCAGAGAUGGAGGGUGUGUUCCGAUGGUUCCAGAUAGAGGUGCUGCAAGCUAUGGAGAAGAAUGUUAAGUUGGAUGAGGAGUACAUUGAGGGCAGUCGCAGAGUGUAUGAGCUGGAGGUGAGGAACCAGGCAGAGGCUUUGGAGAAACAGCUCAGACGAGGAACCUACAGAGACUCUCUGGAGAACAGUGAGUACAUGCUGUACCUGAGACAGAGCCAGCAGGAGAUCCAGAAAGAGGAGGAGAGGAGGUAUCGCUUCUUGGCAGAGAAACACUGUGGCCUCACUCAGUCACUUCUCUUCCUGAUAAACAAGACCGGUGCAUCUCUCCAGCAGAAGGCAGACGGAUGGAAGGAGAAAGUGAACGAGACGAGAGGGUCCAGGCCUCGAACUCCCACCCAUUUGGAUCAAGAUGCACAGUUGCGAGGUUCAGUGAGCUCCUUGCUGCAGACAGUAGCCAGAGAUGAAGACAUGUCCUGGGCCAGGAGGGAGCAGCAGGCUCUGGGCAGAGUGCCCUCUAGAGCGCCGUCUCCCCUCCCCAGCCGCUCUCGCUCCAGCUCAGUGGGGGAAUCUCUGGGUUUGGGUGGAGGGAGAGCCAUGAGAGCGCUGGUAUCUCAUCCCUCCUCAUCCAACCCAAAGCUGCUGCCUUUCAACAGGGGAGAGACCAUCACUGUACUCGUCCAAGAACCACGCAACGGUUGGCUGUAUGGACGCACUGACAGCAGCCUGCGUCAGGGCUGGUUUCCUGCUGCUUAUGUGGCUCCUGUUGAGGAUUUCUCCAACACUUUAGCAACAAGUGGUGGCUCACUAAGAAGCCACAGUAUGAACAACCUGCUGGACCCCACUGACACCUUGACUGACCAAUCAGAGAGCAAGAACUAUGGAGACGUCCCGCCGCCAGCCACACCCAACCGCAGAGCCUCAGUAGACUUCCGGCCGAUCUCUCCUCUGCCUGAGAGGAAGCUGGAGUCAGCCCUUGAGACAAAGCCAAGUCAGACGAAGAGCUACACCGAACAACCACCUCCACCUCCUCCCCCACCGCCUCCUCCUCCCCCGAGUCAGAAUCUUCGACGAGGCUCUGUAGAUUUUCGACCAAUCUCUCCCCUCCCCGAGAGGAGUGAAUCCACAUCUGAUGUCCAGGCGUUAUCCCCACAUGGGCAACCUGAAAACCCACUGUUUCCCAGAGGCACAAACCCAUUUGCCACUGUAAAGCUUCGCCCCACGACGACCAAUGACAGAUCCGCCCCUCAGAUCCUCUGA